AUGUCGAAUUCACUAGUCAAACGAUCAAUGGAGUUUGGCAUAUUCACUCGCUUGGUGAUAUGUGUACAUCUCAUUCUGGCGACCGGAUCUUCUGCUCAGCAUGUGACUUCGGAGCCAACUGCGACAAAUUUGGCUGGUUCUGGAGUCCCUUCAGCUGCGCCUGGAUCUGUGUCAUUUGUCCACGGUAAGUCAGACAUGCCUAGCCUCAUUAUCACAAAAAUAGAUUCUGUACACUUGCCCUGA